AUGUUAAAUGAAAAAUUAGAUCGUCUUAUUCGAUCUAAAGGCAGCCAAUAUAUAACUAAAAAUACAUAGGCACUUUCUCCCUAUAUAAGACAAGUUCCUUUAUUAAACAAUCAAUCACAUAACUAUUCCCCUAAUUAUUCAAUUUAAAGAAUUCAAGCAUAAUCUACACAUUCAGCAAUAGCUCCAUAAACAGAUAGAAAUAACACAUAGUUUAUUGCAAAGAUAUAACCUGUCUGCUAACCUUAAUCAGUUUCUCCUGUCAGAGUGAUUUAAUUAUCAACAGAUAGAACAUAAUAACCACAUGAACUCAAUGAGGUAUAAUAUCAUGAAAAACCUCUACAAGUAGUAUCUGCAUAAGAUAUAGAAAAUAGAUAUAAAUAGAAAUUAUUAUUAUUGGAAUAGUUGAUCAACAGAUUGUAGAAUGAAAAUUAAAGGUUAAAAAUGAAUGAAUAAAAUUUAAAAUCUAUGGAGUACAUGAACAAAAUUAAAGAGUUAGAAGUUAUGGUUAAGAAUUUUGAAGAUUAAGAAGAUAAGUUAAACAAUGAAAUUUAACAAUUAAAAAAGGAAUUAUUUUAAUCAAAAGAAGUUUUUACUUCUUUAUAAAAAUAAAUAUAGAACAAGAAUAACAAUAACGAGGAUAUUAGGAAAUUGAAAAAGUAAAUGUAACAAUACGAAAUUGAUAAUAAAGAAAUGUAGAACCAAAUCAGUAAGAAAGACACUGAUAUUUUAAAAUUAAGAAGUGUUUUAAAUGAAAAAGAAAAUUGGAUAGAUUAAUUGAAUAAUUAAAUCAAAGAAUUAUAAACUGUAGAAGAAAACUAUUCAAGAGUAGAAACGACAGUCAUUUCAUUACAAGGGGAAAUUGAUGUUUGGAGAAGGAAGUUUAAAGAAAAGAAUGAAGAGGCCUCAGAACUGAGUGAGAAGCUAAUUAUGGCAGAAGCAUCACUGGAAGCAUUAAAAAAGAAAUAAAUCACUUAAGUUAAGGAGAUUAACAUAACUAAAAGUAAUAGUAAGACUAAUAAUAACAUAAUCUAAUCAGUAGAUACUACAAAUAGAUUAAACAGAGGAUCUCAUUACUCUUAAAGAUAAUAACUAUGA